AUGAUUGAACAAAAAGGUGAUAGCAAGGUUGCUCUCAUAACAGGUACAUCUUCCAAUCUUGGUAUCAAUAUAGCGUAUCGCUUAUUAGAACAAUUGCCAUCUUCGACUAACAUUACAUUAAUUGUAACCUCACGUACAUUACCUAAGGUCAAAGAAGUCAUUACUACUAUUAAUGAUUAUUCAAAAAAUAAAUUGAAUAGGACUGGCCAAUUAGAAUUUGACUAUCUAUUAGUUGAUUUCACUGACAUGGUAUCUAUUUUAUCGGCAUAUUAUGACUUGAACAAGAAAUUCAAAAAGAUUGACUACUUGUUUGUUAAUGCUGCUCAAGGAGUUUACUCGGGUAUAGAUUGGGUGGCAGCAACUAAGGAGAUUUGCAGAAACCCGAUGGAAGGAGUCACUAACCCCACUUAUAAGACCCAAAGAGUAGGUGUUAAAUCAAAUGAUAAUAUGGGUUUAGUUUUUCAAGCAAAUGUUUUCGGUCCUUAUUACUUGAUCCAUAAGAUAAAACAUUUAUUGCAAAAUGGUGGUCGUAUUAUUUGGAUAUCAUCUUUGAUGUCUGACCCAAAAUACUUAUCGUUCAAUGAUUUACAAUUAUUGAAGUCUCCAGAGUCAUAUGAAGGCUCCAAAAGAUUGGUCGAUUUGAUGCACUUUGGAACUUUCAAACAAUUGCAGAGUGAAUAUGGAAUUGAACAAUUCUUGGUUCAGCCUGGAAUUUUUACCAGUUUUUCUUUCUUCAAGUUUUUAAAUGUCUUCACCUAUUACGGUAUGUUGAUGCUUUUCUACUUAGCUAGAUUUUUUGGCUCUCCAUCGCAUAAUAUAUCAGGUUUCAUUGCGGCUAAUGCCCCAGUUACAUGUGCACUAGGAAAUGAAAGUCAGUCUGUCAAAGUUUGCUCAGUUAGUAAUAGAACAGGAAAAGAGUACUUGACCUACCAAGAAGUGGAUACUACAGGAUCAGCAGAUAUUGCCGCUUAUCUAGAAAAGCUUUGCAAGGAGUGGGAUUUAGCUUUGAAGGACCAGAUCGUUAACUCUCGCCAACCGUAG